CCGGGCCGGAGGCUGGAGGGAGGCGGCGGGGACGAUUUGUUGUGCUCGGAACAUGGCGGGCGUCGGCGACGCGGCCGCCCCGGGAGAAGGCGGCGGUGGCGGCGGCGGCGCGGACGGCCCGGAGCGGGACCGCCGCGGCGAGGCGGAGCAGCCGGGCGGCGGCGGCCACGGGCCCGCAGCCGCGCCUCAGCACACCGAGACGCUGGGCUUCUACGAGAGUGACCCUCGGCGGGAGAGGCGCCGCGGCCGCGCAGAACUUUCACUGUUGAGGUUCCUCAGUGCUGAACUCACAAGAGGGUACUUCCUUGAACAUAACGAGGCCAAGUACACAGAAAGAAGAGAAAGAGUGUACACUUGUAUGCGAAUACCGAGAGAAUUGGAAAAGCUCAUGGUGUUUGGCAUCUUCCUGUGCCUGGACGCCUUCCUGUACGUGCUCACGUUGCUGCCACUGCGCGUCUGCCUGGCGCUCUUCCGGCUGUUCGCCCUGCCUUGCUACGGCCUGAGGGACAGACGUUUGCUUCAGCCGGCCCAGGUCUGUGACGUUUUGAAGGGUGUUAUUCUGGUCAUCUGCUAUUUCAUGAUGCACUAUGUUGACUACUCCAUGAUGUACCACCUGAUCCGGGGCCAGUCUGUCAUCAAGCUCUACAUCAUCUACAACAUGCUGGAGGUGGCUGAUCGUCUGUUUUCGUCCUUUGGACAAGACAUAUUAGAUGCUCUCUAUUGGACGGCAACCGAGCCGAAAGAAAGAAAGAGAGCCCACAUCGGGGUGAUUCCUCACUUCUUCAUGGCUGUUCUCUACGUCUUUUUGCAUGCGAUUCUCAUCAUGGUUCAAGCAACCACUCUGAAUGUCGCCUUUAAUUCACACAACAAGUCCCUGCUUACUAUCAUGAUGUCUAAUAAUUUUGUUGAAAUUAAAGGAAGUGUUUUCAAGAAGUUUGAAAAGAACAACCUCUUCCAGAUGUCAAAUAGCGAUAUUAAGGAACGAUUCACAAAUUAUGUGCUUUUGCUAAUAGUGUGUUUAAGAAACAUGGAGCAGUUUUCUUGGAAUCCAGAUCAUCUCUGGGUGUUAUUUCCAGAUGUUUGUAUGGUGGUUGCAUCAGAAGUUGCUGUGGACAUUGUAAAACAUGCCUUUAUCACCAAAUUCAAUGACAUUACCGCAGAUGUCUACAGUGAAUACAGAGCCAGCCUUGCUUUUGACCUGGUCAGCAGCCGACAGAAAAAUGCGUACACGGACUACAGUGACUCAGUGGCACGCAGGAUGGGCUUCAUCCCUCUCCCCCUGGCUGUCCUCCUCAUCAGAGUUGUAACAAGCUCAAUCAGAGUGCAAGGAAUCCUGUCUUACGCCUGCGUCGUACUCUUCUACUUUGGGUUGGUAUCCUUGAAAGUCCUGAACAGCAUCGUGCUCUUAGGGAAGGCAUGCCAGUAUGUCAAGGAGGCCAGAAUGGAAGAGAAACUGUUUAACCGCCCACCAGCCAGCAGCCCCAGCCAGUCAGCCAGCAAAGCUCAGAACAAACGCAGAUCCUCCCCAGGCCUUUCCACGGAAGAAAACCUGUCUGCCUCGGUCCCUAGCCAGCCUGCUCGGCCAAAGGAUGACGUCAUACCACUGCUAGUGACGAGCAGUUCCGAUCAGUUUCUGACAACCCCAGACGGUGACGAGAAGGACAUAACACAGGACAAUUCAGAAUUAAAGCACAGGUCCUCAAAGAAAGACUUGCUAGAGAUAGACAGGUUCACGAUUUGCGGCAACCGUAUUGACUGAGUUCUGGCCCCGUGUUGACGAUGCUGGGCCUGGGACAGCGGACGCUGAGCCACCGGGUCAGACAGAGGCUGAAAUGGCACUUAACUAUUUAUUUAAAAAUUUUAAGUUAUUGCUGGCAAGCAGGUCUUAGUGUCUUUCCUCCAGUGACAUGGUCCGGCUAAAGGGCUGGACUAUGGGGCAGCAGCAGCCCUGGCCUGGUCCCUGGAGGCUCCACGGCCCGGGCCACCGAGCCCUACCCGGCCAUGCAGCAGCACUUCCGGGCCCGAGAGGACGAAGCAGCUUUGUCAGCCGGGCUUCCAGAAAGUCACGUUUUGCCUCAAGGCCUCUUCAGUAUACAGAUGUACCUGGAAACUGUGAAGCUUUUACCGUGACGUCACCUUGGCAGUUUCAUACUAUUUUCACAAACAGUUUCCAAACUCUACUUCAUCUGCCAAAGCAUUAAAAAAAAUGAUUAAACGUAAGAUAAAUGUUCUCACCACCAGAGUAAUCCUUGAAGAUAUAUCUGACUUAAUCAGAAUAAAUGGCUACCUUAAAUAAGA